GCAUCUUUCUGGGUCCAUGUGGGAGUCAAAAGAGAGGGGGCACGUGUGGUCCCGCCCCCUCGGUGCCAAGCCAGCCAAUCGGAUCUCUCCCUGGAUUAUCCUGCUGUUAUAAAGCCUGGGGAUGCUGAGGCUGCGAGAGGAGAGAGACCACUUCACUUUAAACCAGAAAACUGUGGUGCUGCAAACCCGAUCCAACAAGUGCACAGCAGAGCAAAACUAAAGGUAAAGAAAAGAAAAGAAAAGUAGUGAUGGAGCACUCCAAACAGACACAGUACACUUCAAAUGAAAAGAAAGAGUCUGGUGACAGCAGCAGCUCGGUGCUCAAUGGACACUCCGGCUCGCAUCGGACCCCGGCGUCUGUGAUGGAGAGCUGGAAGGAGGAGCGGACCAGGAGUGUGGAGGACAAUGAGAUGAGCCUCCCGUCCCUGGCUGCAGCUUACACCACCAUCCUGCGGGGGCUUGGGGAGGAUCCGCAGAGGCAGGGGCUUCUCAAAACCCCCUGGAGAGCCGCCACAGCCAUGCAGUUCUUCACCAAGGGCUACCAGGAGAAAAUUAUCGACGUGCUGAACGACGCCAUCUUCGACGAGGACCACGAUGAGAUGGUGAUCGUCAAAGACAUCGACAUGUUCUCCAUGUGCGAGCAUCACUUGGUGCCCAUCUUCGGCAGGGUUCACAUCGGCUACCUCCCCAACAAGCGAGUGCUGGGCCUCAGUAAGCUGGCCAGGAUCGUUGAAAUCUACAGCCGCAGACUACAAGUUCAGGAGAGGUUGACCAAACAGAUUGCCGUGGCGAUCACCGAGGCCCUGCAGCCAACCGGCGUCGGCGUCGUCAUAGAAGCGACUCACAUGUGUAUGGUGAUGCGCGGCGUUCAGAAGAUGAACAGCAAGACCGUCACCAGCACCAUGUUGGGAGUUUUCAGGGAAGACCCGAAAACCCGCGACGAGUUUCUGACACUCAUCAGGAGCUGAGGAGGACAAUAGUUCCUCCUCUUCCUCCUCCUCCUGUUGCCUGGGGUUACCUCCACCUGCACGGACCAGCCGCUGUGCUACCUUGUAUGUGUGUGUAUGUGUCAGAGAGUGUGUGUGUGUGUGUGUGUGUGUGUGUGUGCGUGUUUUCCAUCUCACCAAAGGCAGUGACAGAGUGUUUACUGUGUUUUCAGUCCGAUUCGUUUUAAUCGUCAGAUAAAAGUGAAGCGUUACCUCACAGAUGUUUCUGUUUGUCGGAGGCCAUUGACUGACUGACACGUUGUUUACUUUUAGACAACAGGGACAGACUUUACCCCCUUUGUCCACGUGUGUUUUGUGUGUUUGUGUGUGUGUGUGUGUGUGUGUGUGUGCUCGUUAAUAAAAUAUAAGCCUCUGGCAUCGAACACCAGAGAGAGACUUUAUAGUGCGAAUUGAGAGGAAUCACUCAUCAUUUAGUGGAGUUUAUAGGUCCUUAUUAAAUAGAGCGUGUUGCAACUAUAAACAGUAUGAAAAUGAAUAAUAAAUAAAAGCAUCAGAUUUUCAGUAAUUUGGUUUUUGAGCUGUUGAGUUAGAAAAAACUCAAAAUAAUGCCAAAAAUCGUGGCGUGUCAGUCCUAAAUCUACAUUAUAGCAACAUUAUGACAAGGAUUGUGCAGUAUAAAGAUGAUUAUUAACGAGAUGUAGAAUCACCGACAUUAAUCAUUGUAGGUAAAGCCAGCAGGUAAUGAGAUCAGAGGAAACUGUUAGCUGGGAACAUUUAGGAUUAUUUGCAUUUUGUGGGAAAGAGGAGGAAGGGUUGUAAUGCCAUGAAGAGCCACAGGUAGGCGCACUGGCACAGCUAGACUUGGGUUUUCCAUCUUUACAAUGUGAUGGUGCAAACACUGCCAAGGCUGAUGGAGACCAGAUUCAAAGAUGGUGCAUAUUUAAUCAAUUUAAAUUGCUCAUCUUGCACAUAAAAUGUUGUGUGACCUGUUGAAAAUACACAGUAGAGUUUCUCCUGCUGGCCCCGCCUGCAAAUUUAGGAUGACAUCACAAACUUUUUUACAAGAUUUACAAAUAUAAAACCAUCACAGAUUAAAAAAUCAUAAUA